UCAUCUGAUCAGUAUGUCCUUCCGAUGGAGGAAGAUACCAGUUAUUACGUGUACAUCUCGCUAACGCUCAUUCCCGUAUAUUUAGCAUUCAAACUCGUGCAGUGGAUGGGCUGGGAGUUGUUUGUGAAUAAUUAAG